AUGAACAAACGGAUCAGAAAAGAGAAGAAGAAAAGAGAGCUGGAAAAAAAACAAGAACUGGAAGAGAGAGAGAAGAUUGUUCAAGAAGGUGGCAAUGCAGACAUUGUGAUGUUGCUGAAACAAAAACAAAAGAAAGAAAACCAAGAAAAGCUAAUGUUCGAACGAAAACAAGAAGAGAAUUACCAAAAAAUAGUCAAGAAACUCCUGCUUGAAGACAGUCUGAAGAAAAAAGACGAGAAACAGCAAAAGGCGUUGAAAAAGAAACAAAAACGAGAUUUUACAAGGCAGAAGAUUGGUGUCCAGAAAGCUUAUCCAAUGACCAAAAAGUUUGAAGCUCUACUGAAUUCAAAUUUUCCAGAGAACAAAGAGAUGAAAGAUAAAGAAAGCAGUCAGAAUCAAGAGAGCAAACCUAUUUUACAACAGGAACUUUUGUUAGAUUCUGAUGAGGAAUCAGAAAAAGAAGUGGCCAUUUUGAAAAAACAGCUAUUAUCUGAAGAAUCUGCAGAUGAUGAAGAUGGUGAUUUGGCAGCACCUGAAUUUGAGGGGAUGUGGUAUCGACAAGAAUCAAAUUUGAAUUUAGAGACACUGAAAAAUGUGCCAAAAGAGGGCAAACAUAAUCAAAGUAAAAUGGAAAAGGAAAUCAUGGAGAGACAAAUGGAGAAGCUGAGAAAUCAAACUGUUGAAAAAAAGAUGUUGGCUGGCAAAGAGUUGAAAGGUUGUAGUUUCUAUGGCAAACCAGAUGUUAUUCAUUUUAAGAAUAUAGAUGUUGGUAAAACGUACAAGAAAAAAGUUGUGAUCACCAAUGUCUCUUAUACUGUGAACAACAUCAAACUCAUUGGUGUUUCAACCAGUAUUCAGGACUUUGUGCAAGUUGAAUUCACUCCACCUGGUCAGAUAUCUGCAGGAAUGACUUGUGAUCUGUUUGUUACUUUUACACCAAAGCUGAAUGAAGAUCUCUCUGGUGAGGUGAAGUUUUUGUCAAAGACUGGCAAAUUUAGCAUCCCCUUGAAGUGCACCACAAAGAAAUGUGAGUUAAGUGUUGACCUGACUACUGUUGACUUUGAAACCACUGUUAUUGAAGAUGUCUUGAGGAAAACAAUUACUUUGAUGAACAAUGGAGCUUUGGGUACAGAAUUUGAAUUCUUCAGUAAGUAUUCAAUAUUUUACUAA